AGUGAAUCUUGCACGCCUGUUUAAAGGUCACGCCUUCUGGUGACGUGCCGCUCAUAAAAGGGCCAGUCACCUUAAGAACGAGUCAGUCAGAUCGAGACGGCGAGGAGCAGAGAGACUGCAUCUCAAGUCGUAGCUAAACGUCACACAAAUCAUCGAACAUGGUCUCGAGAGGGUUAACAAAGAUGUAUUUCAUCGUUUUAGCCAUGCAAGCGUUAUUGAGUUGGAAUUUAGUUCUGUCAUCCAGCAUCUAUGUAGGAAGACAUGCAGCAGGGAAAAUCUCUGAGCACGGGCCUUCAGCAGUGUCGGAAGGUAAGACGCAUAGUUUGUACACACAUAGUUUGUCCGCAAAUUUAAAGGAUUACCGGUUUUGGGAUUAGAAGGGCAUUGUUGUGUUAACCUUGCGUGAUCAAGCAGGAACUCAGCUGUUAGCCGUUUUGUCCACGCUUCGAACGUUUAGUAAAGAAUGUAACAGCUUCUAUUUCCUGAAUUAAUGAAGCAAAUCGAUUCCAAGUUCUUACGUUUGCUUUCAGCCUUAAGUUCCAUUUACGAUGUCUCUAGAAAUGCCUUUUCCAUCCCUUGGCUUAAACGCAUCGAUCAAAAUGCCAAUAUUGCCCCGAGGCAGACAAAGUAUCUCAGGGACCCCCUCGUUUGGUUACUUAAUGCCAAUUCCAAGAUUUUAUUAAAAACAACAAGCCAACCUUUAUCCUUUCCGCGGUUUUAUUCAGUUUUCUUUUAAAUACGUAUUAGCUCGUAUUAAUGUCCAAACCAUAAAAGGUAUCAGUUAUAUCCUUCUUUACAUUUGUGAACAUUAAACAAGCUGAGUAAGAAAAUAUCGGUGUUUAAGACACCAACUUUUUCAAGUGGUCUUAACUGAUAAGCUGUUUACAUUCGGCCUUAUAUAGGGAGGAAAUAAGACCGUAGUUUCUCGAACGUAAUUACGAUCAUUUUUCAUAGUCUUAACCUUAAUUCGCUCUAUUUUAGUGUUGAAAUUACCCCCACAAAGGCGCUAGAGCGCAUUCAUUAUAAACAUCUGAAUCUCGUACCUUUUCGUCGUCUGACAGUGUCUGGUACAUAUUGGCAUCUUAAAGUUGUUUUCAUUCCAUCAUUGUUGAAAACUCUCUAAUAGCAGUUAUUGAUAGUCUUAUCUGUCUGCUAUGCACGGCUAUUCAACGGAUCAUUACGGUUCGGCCCUGCUUUCACUUGAACAUGGGCUUUAGAAACAUGGAUAUAUGGCUAACUUAUCAUUGCUUAUGUCUUUUGUUUCUUCCGUUUAUUCUUUAGAGAAAAAAAAGAAAAAAAAACGUGACACAUACCUCUUAGAAUACUUUGCCUGAUCUCCUAACUAAUAUGCAUUAAAGAUCAAGUUCCGCUAGUUGGCUGGGAUGAAACAUGUCUAAAUUUAAUGUUACGCUUUGCUUGGUUUUCCAACUUUCCUUAGCAAUGAGUUACUGUGGCUUUGCUUUGAGGUGUAUGACUUCUUAGGAAAUGUUUUUCGUGUAUUUGGUUGAAGUUUUACGUGCGGAAGGUUCGGUUAUCUUGACUGACUUAACUCAACCCCGACCCUUUAAUUCCUAGUUGUACCAGCAUACCUCAACGCUGUUCUUCAUACGUUUCCUAAGGUGCUGAUGACAAGAAAGUUGAUAAACCAUCAAGAUCAUUUCCUUUUCCAGACUGCUUAGUUGAUGACGGGAUUUUUGCCCAAAGAUUUGAAAAGCUCCGCCAGUGAUCUUAAACAUGGAUUCCGGGGGGAUGGGCGGCACCCACCAAUCCGAAAUUUAUUGGAGUACCCCACGGGGGGAGUGGCUGUAAUGAACAGAUCAGGUGUCAUAUUUCUAUUACACGUGCAACUUAGAAACUUAUAUAACUCACGUAUCUUAGAAUUCAAACCGACCCCUCACCAAUCUGGGCGUGACUCAUGCUGGAUUGACCCCAGAGGGAGACCACACUUCAAGUAGUAUUAUGCCAACAUUUCUUUCCACAUAAUUCCUAGCUGAUACCUUUGUUGGUAAAAACAUUGACUUUCGUCCUGAACCCCGGAGGGAGGACCCUUGUAAUUCCUAUACGUUAAAGGGGUAAUCUUUCAUUAAAGUAUUUGGGCCGGGAAAAUCAAAAAGUAUUUGUCUUUCGAAAAACGCGCCUUACGGUUAUAUCAUUUAAAUUUAUUAAACGUUACACGAAAAUAAGGAGACUUCUUGUUCAGUUGGCGAUUUAUUCUUAUCAGUAGCUAUUUAAAAGGGAUACCAUUUAUAGACAGUAGACGAAAGGGGCACCUUUUUAGUUAAAAUGGUAAGGCUAGAGGUUGGACUUCGGUGGGGAGCCUCCUUAAUAAACCUUUGUUAUUGGGCCCCUCGGGUCCUGAACAUCCAGACUGAGACAGUGUACAUCCCUAAGCGAUAUCAUUGGCGUCCCCGGCAUUUUCAUAUCAGCGUCAGGAGCAAUGAACACUCGGUUCGCCUUCUAACCGUUAGCCACUCUUCCUUGUAGUUCACACCUGUGAGGACAGACGACUUUGCCGAAGGAUCAUGAACUUCUAUGGCGUGGAAGCCUGCAACUCAACCGAUAGAAACAUACAGGAGACAGUACAGUUUGCCUGUCCAGCCACAUGUGGAUUCUGCACACCUGGCGAAAGUGGUAACUUGAUCAUUUGCUUAUUACUCUCUUCUAGGUAAUCAACAUGGUAGCAAUUCAAGUGCCGUAUUUAUUCGAUUAAGCGCUCAACCUCGAAAAAGCGCCCUGUCUCGAAUACCUUAUUAUAGGAAAUUAACGCGAAUCGUUAAAAUUCGCGUUAAUUUAAGUCGCGUUAAUUUUGUUGAGCGUUAAUUUCCACGACGUUAAUUAAGUGCAGCGUUAAUUUCCGCGCUCUUAAUUUCCAGUAUUUUAACCGCAAUUUUGGGCACCUAAAAAACAUUAACUACAAGCUUUCUUUCUUUCCAUUUAUCCUUUAUUUUUCAUCUUUAACAAAAGCUAAGGCAAAGGUUUACAAUAUUUCGAGUUCAUCUUCGUCGUUGUCGCUGUCAGAAGUGAUGUCAGCUCAGUUUUGCUCAGUUUUGAUUUUUUUUGCAUCCAGUGUUGAAAUAAAUUUGUCCCAGUUGUCUCCACCAACUGUGUCUUAAUCGCGUUAAUUUCCUUUAUUAUGAAAUUCUACCUCCUCUUUCGCGUUAAUUUUCUUUAUUCGAAAGUCGUUUCCCAUUAAAUUCGCGUUAAUUUAAGUCGCGUUAAUUUCCAAUACCUUAAUUUCAUGGAGCGUUAAUUUCCUAUAAUAAGGUAAGCUGAUCUACCCGCCUUCGUCGUUGCGGUUUUCCUUACGGUCGGUCUGAGAAUUUAGGGCCUCCUUUUUCACUUUACUCAUGCCCACUAAUGCUUGGUUCACCAAACAGACUUAACAACGUGCAAUAGCUUCCAGAUCCAGACUAAAUUAUCUUUUUUGUAACAGUAAUAGUGGCCUUAGCUCUCUCAAGUCUCCUGUACAAAUGAAAAAAUAAGGUCUAUGAUGAGGGUAGGAAGUUAUAGGUUCGACUCAUAUUGUAGCUACUCGGAUUUUUAAUCUUCCAUGCCGCUUUUGUGACUGACUGAAUAACAUUUUUCUCAGAAAUACGGUUAUAAGAUCAAUCUGUUCCUAAAAAAAAAACCGGGUCUUCUAAUUCUCUUCAUAUGUUACGCGGGUAGAUAAUGCGAAACUAUCUUGAGAAGUAAAUGAAAGGACUCAAAAGUUGUUGAAAAGAAUUAAAGUUUCGCGGGUUUAACAUAUGAACCCCUUUUGGCGUUAUUAAAAAGUCGAUAUACAUUUUGCCUGAUUUACUUUAUUUUCUUCUUUUUCCUUCUUUAGAUUGCCAAGAUCAGGUGGAAGAUCUUUGCACAGAAAACAAAGAUUGGUGUAACGCUGGUGGAGAAAUCGAAAAACUUAUGAAAGACAUCUGCCCUAGAACUUGUAAGGCGUGUAAUCGCAGACCGAGCAGUGAACAACACAAUUUUGUCAUAAUUGAUGGCUAGGCCGGCAGCAGUAAAAAUCUCUUCGGCUAUUCAGUGUCAAGGUAAUUAUAUCCUUAUUUCUUAACCCAUCUUAAAUGGUUUUUACCAACUUAUACAAAACGGAUUAAUCCGAGGCUACUCCCAUCCCCCGCCCGAAUUACAUACAGUAAUUGCAUACAGUAUGCCGGAUCGUGAAGUGCUUGAAGACUGCCUGUAAAGUAGAACUUGCAGCAAGUGAAUAAAGCAGCAGGCACCACGGGACUUUUGAGCCCUGGUUCAAAAACACGACGAUAACUUGUUUGCCUUUGAAGCUCUUGUAAUCUACUUAAAGGGGGUUCCCUUGACGAAUCUAUGAUGCAUUUCUAGAUAGGCAAUCCUCGAUUAAUGUAAUCUUGUUUUAUUUCAUCUUUUUUUUUAGGUUUUUAGCUGCAUAAUGUUCUAGAAAACGAGGGUAUCAGACUGGAGGAAGUUAUCAAAAAGACAGGAAUCAACAUUUAACAAAAAGGGACCUCGUUUUGUGGAUUAAGAAGUAACUGACAAUUACGUUAAGUUAGCAACAACUUGUUCUAAUCGAUAAGACAAGAUGUGACCAGAAAAUGGAUUGCGAUUGCGCAUCUUUCAUUUGAUGCGUCGUGAAAAAAGAAACCUUAACAGUUCAUAAGUCCACUAUUUGUAUAUUUUGUUCUUGGACAAAAGACCAAUAAUUUAAACUUAGCUCCGUCAGGCUUAGGGGAAUAAGGCAAAAGAAAACAAUUAAUUAUUAUUCAUCCCUGAAACUCAUGGCUCAAUUUCUUUGCAUUAAACCCCAAGCCUCGAAGCCAAGUAUGACUUUUUCUAUAUUGAAAUUGGUCUAUUGCCGAUAAUACAGUGUAAAUAAAUAAAUGAAUAAAUAUUAACAAAUAUUUGGUUU